AUGCCAAACUUCUGUGUGGCCCCCAACUGCACGCACAAGAGCACGCAGUCCGACCUGGCGUUCUUCAGGUUCCCUCGACCGGCUAGAUGCCAGAAGUGGGUGGAGAAUUUUAGGAGAGCAGACUUAGAAGAUAAAACACCAGAUCAACUAAAUAAGCAUUAUCGAUUAUGUGCCAAACACGUUGAGACCUUUAUGAUCUGUAGAACUAGACCUUAUAGGACAGUUCUUCGAGAUAAUGCAAUACCAACAAUAUUUGAUCUUACCAGCCAUUUAAACAACCCACAUAGUCGACACAGAAAACAGAUAAAAGAAUUGAGUGAAGAUGAAAUCAGGACUCUGAAACAGAAAAAAAUUGAAGAAAGGUCUGAACAGGAACCAAAACAUAAAGAAAUAAACAACAGCAACCCUCAGAACCCCAGUGCUGAAGAGGGGGGUGAAGAACAGGAUGAAGAUAUUUUACCUUUAACUCUUGAAGAAAAGGAAAAUAAGAAAUAUUUAAAAUCUCUAUUUGAAAUUUUGAUUCUUAUGGGAAAACAAAAUAUACCUCUGGAUGGACAUGAAGCUGAUGAAAUCCCAGAAGGUCUCUUUACUCCUGAUAACUUUCAAGCACUGCUGAAAUGCCGAAUAAAUUCUGGUGAAGAGGUUCUAAGAAAGCGCUUUGAGACAACAGCAGUUAACACAUUAUUCUGUUCGAAAACACAGCAGAAACAGAUGCUUGAAAUUUGUGAGGGCUGCAUUCGGGAAGAAACGCUCAGGGAAGUAAGUGACAUAGCAGGGGAAGAGCAGCUGCCCGUGCUGGUGAGGUUUGUCGAUGACUCGUAUAAUCUGAGAGAGGAAUUUGUUGGCUUUCUGCCUUACGAAGCUGAUGCAGAAAUUUUGGCUGUGAAAUUUCAUACUAUGGUAACUGAGAAGUGGGGGCUAAACAUGGAAUAUUGUCGUGGGCAGGCUUACAUUGUGUCCAGUGGAUUUUCUUCCGAAAUGAAAGUUGUUGCUUCUAGACUUCUAGAGAAAUAUCCCCAAGCUGUCUAUACACUCUGCUCUUCCUGUGCCUUGAAUAUGUGGUUGGCAAAAUCAGUGCCUGUUAUGGGAGUAGCUGUUGCAUUAGGAACAAUUGAGGAGGUUCGUUCUUUUUUCUACCGAUCACCACAAUUGCUUUUAGAGCUUGAUAAUAUAAUUUCUGUCCUCUUUCAGAACAAUGAGGAAAGGGGUAAAGAACUGAAGGAAAUUUGCCAUUCUCAGUGGACAGGCAGGCAUGAUGCUUUUGAAAUUGUAGUAGACCUUCUGCAAGCGCUUGUUUUAUGUUUAGAUGGAAUAAAAAGUGAUACAAACAUUAGAUGGAAUAACUGCAUAGCUGGCCGAGCAUUUGCGCUCUGUAGUGCAGUAACAGAUUUUGAUUUUAUUGUUACUAUUGUAGUUCUUAAAAAUGUUUUAGCUUUUACAAGAGCCUUUGGGAAAAAUCUUCAAGGACAAACCUCUGAUGUCUUCUUUGCAGUCAGUAGCUUGACUGCGGUUCUGCAUUCACUAAAUGAAGUGAUGAAAAAUGUCGAAGUUUAUCAUGAAUUUUGGUUUGAAGAAGCCACAAAUUUGGUAACCAACCUUGAUGUUCAGAUGAAACUCCCUGGUAAAUUCUGCAGAGCUCAGCAAGGUAACCUGAAGUCUCAGCUGACUUCUGAAGUUCCUAAAGAAACUCUCAGUGUUCCAACAGUGGAGCACAUUAUUCAGGAACUGAAAGCUAUUUUCUCAGAACAACACCUAAAAGCUCUUAAAUGCUUAUCUCUGGUAUCCUCUGUCAUGGUCCAGCUCAAAUUCAACACAACAGAGGAACAUCAUGCUGACAUGUACAGAAGUGACUUGCCGAAUCCUGAUACUCUCUCAGCUGAACUGCACUGUUGGAGAAUCAAGUGGAAACACAGAGGGAAAGACAUAGAACUUCCUUCUACCAUCUGUGAAGCCCUCCAUUUGCCAGACAUCAAAUUUUUUCCAAAUGUUUAUGCAUUACUGCAGGUCCUGUGCAUUCGUCCUGUGAUGAAAGUUGAGAGUGAAUGAUAUGAAAAUGGGCAGAAGCAUCUCAAAGCUUACCUGAGGAACACUUUGACAGACCAAAGGUCAAGUAACUUGGCUUUGCUUAAUGUAAAUUUUGAUAUAAAACAUGAUUUAGAUUUAAUGGUAGACACAUAUAUCAAACUCUAUACAUCUAAGUCUGAGCUUUCUACGGAUAAUUCAGAAACCAUUGAAAAUACUUGAGAUUUCUAACAGGUUUUCUCUUCCUUUUGAAAACUAAGAAGUUUGAAAUAUUACAGAAAAGUAUAAUAUAUGUAGGCCACUUUAUCACUGACUAUCUUUAGUAGGCCUCCCAUUGA